GCGGCGGUGCGGAAUCUAAGCUGGACCGAGUGCGGUGGAAGUCCGUUCGGAUUCAAGCCCUAACCAUAAAUUCUAGCCAACCCGUAUUGCACCAUGCUCGAAUAUUUUCCCUAUCCCCCAAAGCACAGACGCAAUCACAGCACCAUCUAUCAUCUAUGGCGACCAAAAGAAGCUCCAAUAACCGAGAACCCGAAAUGACCGAGCAGACCCCUCAUGGCCUCCUCUCGACGGAAGAUUCUCUCCUACUGCCGGAUCUCCCGCCGGAAAUCAUCUUCCAAAUACUGUCGAGACUUCCAGUCAAGUCUCUGUUGCGAUUCAGGUAUGGGUUUUGUUAUGAUGAGUCUAGUGAUGAUUACAAGGUGGUGGGAUUCUUCUCUACUGCUGGGGCAAGCGGUGGUGAUCUCGAAGUCAAGUUGUAUUCUUCAAAAACAGAUUCGUGGAGGAGUAUUGUAGACUCUUCUGAUUUUAUACCUUGGAAUGAUUCAGGGAUAUAUGUGAAGGGGGCCCUUCAUUGGGCCCCCUGGGGGGAGUCCCAUAAGGCUAUUGUUUCUCUUGAUUUGGCAAAGGAGAAGUUUGGAGAGGUUUUGCAACCUGAUUAUGGAGUUGUUAUUCUCAGUCGAUGCUGGCUGUUGUAAGUGGAUGCCUGUGUGUAUUUCGCCACUAUGAUGAAGCUUGUGAUGUAUGGGUGAUGAAGGAAUACGGUAGAGGAGAGUCUUGGAUCAAAUUGGUUGUUAUACCUUAUGUUACACAUCCAUCGAAUUAUGAGUAUUCCCCACCAUUGUGCAUUUUGAAGAA